UAUCGGCUUCAGGUAUUUUCUCUAUUCUGAACGUUUGCCAUUGGGGUUUUGUCUCUCUUUGUUCUGCUCCGCCAGAUAACCAUUUUGUCUGUCUGAUUUUUUUCUUCACAGCGUUUUGAGAUCCUUAUCCGCUGAUUGGAAAAGAUGAGUAAGCUUCAGAGUGAUGCCUUGCGAGAAGCUAUCACUGGAAUCAUGGCCGAUUCCAAGGAGAAGAAUCGCAAAUUUGUGGAGACUAUUGAACUCCAGAUUGGGCUGAAAAACUACGAUCCACAAAAGGACAAGCGUUUCAGUGGCUCUGUCAAGUUGCCCCACAUUCCUCGCCCCAAGAUGAAAAUCUGCAUGCUUGGUGAUGCACAACAUGUCGAAGAGGCCGAGAAGAUCGGGCUGGACUGGAUGGAUGUGGAAGCCUUGAAGAAGCUAAACAAGAAUAAGAAGUUGGUGAAGAAACUAGCUAAAAAGUACCAUGCCUUUUUAGCUUCUGAAGCAGUUAUCAAGCAGAUUCCACGUCUGUUGGGUCCUGGUCUAAACAAGGCAGGAAAAUUCCCUACACUUGUUACUCACCAGGAAACUCUUGAGUCAAAGGUAAACGAGUCUAAGGCUAUGGUCAAAUUUCAACUCAAGAAGGUGCUCUGCAUGGGAGUAGCCGUGGGCAAUGUCAGUAUGGAGGAAAAACAAAUUUUCCAAAAUGUUCAACUCAGUGUUAACUUCCUGGUAUCCUUAUUGAAAAAGAACUGGCAAAAUGUUAGGUGCUUGUAUCUGAAGAGUACCAUGGGAAAAUCUUACCGCGUCUUUUGAGGGAUAUCUAUUUUUUAUUUGGUUAAUGUUAUGGCGCAUGAUACAUUUAUCUCAAUAGCUAGAUGCAAAUUUUCAUCUUGAUACAGUUUUGCGAGUUGGACCUUUGUUGUUAGUGUUUUGUGUUCAUGUUCAGACAUUUGAUAAUGAUAUGCGUUAAAUUUUGCUCUGCUUUCUUAUUUA